AUGUAUGGGGAAUUGUUGAAUUCAACCAGUGCAACCAACUCGCAGCUAAUCAUUCAGACCAACACUCCCUACAUAGGGAGCACCCAGAGACCUGUCAGCUCGUCUGCUUUUUACAUGUCAACGGCCAGAGUGUUGAAAGAAGGUGAGAUUAAUAAGCCCGAUCUGGUGACUUAUGUUGUGCUGUUCUUCUUCCUGCUCCUGGCUGUGACCAUAAUUGUGCUUUUUAUUAACUGCCAACUGAAAAAUUCCUUUUUUGCCACACUACCUUAUGACAGGUCUCUGCGAGAAGCGAGAAGCCCUUGGAAAACACAAGCUGUCUAA